AGAGAACUUUAUCCUCUCCUCUUCGUGUGUUUAAAUUUCCACCACCCUUCCCCAUUCCACGACCCAAACACACUCUCUCUCUCUCUCUCUCUCUCUCUCUUUCUCUCUCUUGCGAAUGGAAGCUCUCUUCACGAGCUUCAUGGCUCGAGGCCCCGCCAUCUACGCGAAGUCAUUAAUGGCGCCCUCAAGCUUCCUCGGCGAGGCGAGGAGAGGCGGCGUGACACCCCUUUCAAUGCCCCGUCGGAGGAGAUCCAAACCCCGCGGAAUCGUUUGCAUGGCGGAACCCUAUGUCAUAGCAAAGCUGGAUUCUGCUGAGAGAACAUGGAAAGAAUUAUCGGUCAAGCUGGCAGAUCCUGAUAUUGUAUCAGAUCCUACUGAGUACCAAAAACUUGCACAAUCUGUAGCUGAACUCGAUGAGGUGGUAACUAACUACAGGAGAUUCAAAGAUUGUGAAAGACAGAUAGAAGAAACAAAAGCUUUAGCUGAAGAGGAUGGAGGCGACCCAGAUAUGGUAGAGAUGAUAGCUUAUGAAAUUGAAGCUUUAUCUAAAGAGCUAAAAGAACUUGAGGAGAAGCUAAAGGUACUACUGCUUCCUACUGAUCCUAUGGAUUCACGCAAUAUCCUACUUGAAGUACGGGCAGGCACUGGAGGUGAUGAAGCCGGACUAUGGGCUGGUGACCUUGUGCGUAUGUAUCAAAAGUAUAGCGAGCGCAAUUCAUGGAAAUUCACUACCAUUUCUAGCUCAGAAGCUGAGAAAGGUGGAUAUAAAACAUAUGUCAUGGAAGUUAAGGGAAACCGAGUAUAUAGUAAACUAAAGUAUGAGUCUGGAGUUCACCGUGUUCAGCGUGUGCCCCAGACAGAAACUCAAGGCCGUGUACAUACAUCAACAGCAACUGUGGCAAUUAUGCCAGAGGCUGAUGAAGUUGAAGUAGUAAUUGAUCCCAAAGAUAUUGAACUUUCAACAGCAAGAUCUGGCGGAGCUGGAGGGCAGAAUGUUAACAAGGUGGAAACGGCAAUCGAUCUCUUUCAUAAGCCAACAGGAAUACGCAUAUUCUGCACAGAAGAAAGAACUCAGCUUAAAAACAAAAAUCGCGCAUUUCAGUUGCUGAGAGCAAAAUUGUAUGAGAUUAAAGUGAGGGAGCAACAAGAAUCAUUAAGAAACCAGAGGAAAUUACAGGUCGGUACUGGUGCUCGUGCAGAAAAGAUAAGGACAUACAAUUACAAGGACAACAGAGUAACUGACCACAGAUUAAAGAUGAAUUUUGAGCUUACAUCCUUCCUUUCAGGAGAUAUUGAGACAGCGGUUCAGGCAUGUGCAGCCAUGGAGCAGAAGGAACUGCUGGAGGAAAUGGCCGAGUCGGUUGGUGCGACAGCUACUUGAUCAAAUAGUUUAUCUAUCCGAUUCUCGCUGAUAGCGAGCCUCUGAUUCCGGGUUCUCAAGAAACUUGAUCAAAGUGGCCUGAUCUCGCCAAUCCAUAUCCUAACCUCUCGGAAGUUGAUUCCUGAAGCAAUGAUUCUCGGAGAUUAUCGGCGCUCUUGUUGACAGGAAAUCACUUGUUUCUGUUCAUGGACUUGAAUAGUUAACUCAUUUAUAGUGGCUAUUGUAAUUUUAAGCUGAAAUUUUGAUUGGGGAAUACAUUGUCUUUUGUGAAUGACCAAGUUGCUGAUUAUACACGAAGAUAUCGUUAUCUAAGCACCUGUUAAUAGCAUCUAAGUUAGUUAAAAAUGUACGGAAUUUACGUUAACUAUGGCCGUUUCAGAUGAUCAACUUUUAAAAGUUUUUGCUUUGCUACGUA